AUGGCUUCGAAUGAUAAUGAUAUGAGUACUAUGGUGAAAUGUCCAGUGUGUGACCAAACUGUUGACAUAUCGGAAGUUAAUGAACAUAUCGACAGUGGUUGUAAACUACCCGCGAACCCUGGAGUUGAAAGUACUAAACAUUCAACGAAGAAUACUCCUACCAAAAAGAUAACUUUAAUGGCAAAGAAUGAUUUCUUUGCCCCUAAAUCGGUAAAACGCAGGAAUAGAGAUGAUAUCGAACAAACAUCAUUAAGUAGUACUUCACAAAGCAUUCAAUCUCCUUUUUCCAUUAAUCAAGAAAAAAAUAAUGUCGCACAGUCAGCUACUUUGUCUAGUAGUCGCCCUAGCAAACAAAUUAAAACAAUCAAUACAAAAGUUGAUGUGGUGCCAUUGGCGGCAAGAGUUCGACCGAAUAAUUUGGAAGACUUUAUAGGACAAAAUGAAUUAAUUGGUGAAAAUGGGUUUUUGAAAAGUUUAAUCUUGCAUGACAAAAUACCUUCGAUGAUAAUGUGGGGGCCAAGCGGUGUGGGAAAGACAACACUUGCAAAGAUCAUAGCAAAGAUAACCCAAUCUACAUGUAAAGAAUUUUCCGGAAUUACACAUGCUACUGCUGAUAUAAGGAAAGCAUUUGACGAAGCUAAAAAUGAGCAAAAAUUAUCAGGCCGGCGCACAAUAAUUAUUUUGGAUGAAAUACAUCGAUUUAAUAAGGCACAACAAGAUUUAUUUCUUCCAUACGUCGAAUCUGGAGGUGUCACGCUUAUAGGUGCCACCACAGAAAAUCCCUCUUUUAAAAUUAAUUCGGCACUACUCAGUCGAUGUAAGGUCGUCGUUUUGAGCAAACUAACGACAGAUGAAGUGCUGACCAUCCUAAAAAGAGCAUUAAACGAAAUUCGAAAACAAAGGCAUCAAAGCAAACAAACUGAAACAUCAGAUGAAACUUUGUUGUCUGAAAAUGACGAUAAUCAAGUGAAUGAAGAGGCAUUAAGAUAUUUGGCGGUGAUGAGCGAUGGUGAUGCACGGGUUGCACUUAAUGCAUUGGAAAUAGCCAUUAAUAUUAAACCGGAGAUACUUAAGAAAAAUAUUACCAAAGAAGAUAUUAAAUGUGUUUUCCAAAAAACUCAUCUAAACUACGAUAAAGAUGGUGAAGAGCACUAUAAUAUCAUUAGCGCAUUACAUAAAAGUAUGCGUGGAAGCGAUGCGAACGCAAGUUUAUAUUGGCUUGGACGAAUGCUAAUUGGAGGAGAAGAUCCUUUAUUUAUAGCUAGAAGGCUGGUUGUAUUUGCAUCAGAGGACGUUGGACUCGCUGAUAAUAGUGCAUUACCCUUAGCAAUGGCAACGUAUCAAGCUUGUCAGUUUAUUGGCAUGCCAGAAUGCGAAAUUAAUUUAGCACAUUGUGUAACAUAUUUAUCAGAGGCGAAAAAGAGUGUGCGAUCAUACAAAGCAUAUGGUUUGGUUAAGAAAACCAUUCAAGAGGAAUAUAAUUAUCCUGUGCCACAUCACUUAAGGAACGCACCAAGCGGAUUAAUGAAAGAAUUUGGGUAUAAUUAUGGAUAUAAAUAUAAUCCAGAUUAUGAGGGAACUGUUCAUCAAGAGUAUUUACCUAAAGAGCUUAAAAGUAAAGUAUUUUUGGAUAUAUAUAAGGCAACAAAAGUAGAUGAUGGUAGAAUCGAAUUAAAAGAUCAAGUGAGGCAUAACGAAAAGGUGGAAAUUGACGAAGAGAAUAUUGAUUUUGAUUUUCAUUAUCCAUUUAAUGAAUCUAGUAGAAAAAAUAAAUUUGAUAUUACCGAUAAUCAGUAG